CCGCCUUGCCCCCGGCGAGGGGCGUGUGCACCGGCCCGGGAUCCUUGGGCCCCAUGUUCACGGAGCUAAGGACCAAGCUGAGCCCCCCGCGAGGCCGCGCCGGGGCUGUGCGUGCCGGCUUCGGGGAGCGCCGGGAUGUGGACGCUGCUGCACACUUCGGCUUCUGCCAAACCCUCCUGGAGCACACAGUGUCCACUGAGAGCAUCCCCUGCCACCUGCCUCGGACGCCGGGCACCAGCCUCACGUGGCACGACUCCCGUAGCCAGAGGGCCGCUGGUGGCCGGCCUGUCAAGCUCCUGCAGCAGCCUGGCACAGAGGCCCCCCAGGGCCGGCUGUACUCUGACCACUAUGGCCUGUACCACACAAGCCCCUCCCUGGGCGGCCUGACGAGGCCUGUGGUCCUGUGGAGUCAGCAGGACGUGUGCAAGUGGCUCAAGAAGCACUGUCCCCACAACUACCUCGUCUACGUGGAGGCCUUCUCCCAGCACGCCAUCACAGGCCGGGCGCUGCUGCGGCUGAAUGGGGAGAAACUGCAGCGGAUGGGGCUGGCGCAGGAAGCACAGCGGCAAGAAGUGCUACAGCAGGUGCUGCGCCUGCAGGUGCGCGAGGAGGGGCGAAGCCUGCAGCUGCUCAGCCAAGCCUCUUUCGGAAACACGUCCUAGCUGCUGCCUGGGGCUUGAAGCCCGGACCCCAGCACUGUGACCAGAGCCUGUGGCAAGGACGAUGCAGACCUGGCACACAGCCCCUCUCGGACCCCGCCAGAGGCGCCAGGGGCUGAGCCCAACCCAGUGGACAGGUGGGACCAGGAUUGCCAUCUCUGGUUGUGCAUUCUGGGCUGUGAGCAGGUGGGGGCUGCUUGGGUGUGGCCCUUCCUCCCAGGACCUGAGCCCAAAUCUACCCUCUGGUGCUGCUGGCAGCAUGCGGGGCAGCUACCUGGAGCCAGGGCAGGGUCUGGCUAUCCCCCUAGACUCCCAGGGAGUCUCUUUAUUAUUUAUAUUCCCUUCACCCACACUGAUGUCCGCGCCCCUAUUGCCUGCUGAGUCACGCUCCCUCUGGGCAUCCUGCCCUCCCCAGGGCAAGAGGUUUGUGUCUGCCCAUUUGUCCAGUUCUACGAACCUUCACCCAGCACCUAGAGGAUUGCCGGCACAGGUGGGAUGAACUGUGCAGGCUCCCUUUGGCCAGGGCCACCCCCCCCCAUGGUCAGCAGCAGCCACCAAGAACUCUCCCUCAUGAUUUCUGAGACCCUCACCACACCCCCAUCUAUUCCCAGGACCUGAAGCAAGAGAGGUCUGGGGAUUGCUCAGGUGCCUAAGACCUAACACAGCACCAUGAGGACCCCAUAGCCAGGAUUAGGCUCAGCCAUGUUGUGGCCUUGGGUUUGGGAGUCCAGCUCCUGCUCUCCCAACAUUUGUUGGGGAGCUGCCCUGAGGCACAGUCGGGGGCAUGUGCAUUCUCACUGUUCCUUUCCCAGGAAAAUCCGAAUUCAUAGAAGAGACUGUCCUGAGGGCUGCAUCGCCCACACCCACCCACCAGGGACCCAGCCAGCCCCUCAGCAACCACUCCGUGGGUCAGGGGGCCCAAGGUUUGGGACUGGUGCUGCCCAGCAGAGGGACAGUGAGGGUGGUCCUGGUAGCCCCCACCCUCUUGCUCCUCUGCCUUCCCAUUCCCCUAGGGAACUCUGAAAAUUUCAGGGACAGAUGAGGCUGAGCCUCCAGCCUCUUCUCUGUGCCCUGAGCUGGCCUCCAGGUGGGAGGUUGGUUGCUGCAGGUCCUGAGUGGAAUUUGGCCUGGUGCUCCCCAUCCUGUAGGCCGAUAUAGGAAGCCCCCAUGUCCUGUCUGGCCACCCUGAUUGUCCCAGCCCACCUUGUGCCAUCACAGCGUUGUCGUUUCCGGAGGGUCCUUCCUAUCACUGCCCCCACCUCCUCCCUCUUUUGUCUUGCUCCCAUGCCCCCAUGCUCUUGUCUUGUCUUCUUUGUUUUGCGCUUUUUUAUAUUCUGACAAAAAGACCAGAAAUAAACCUGGUUCU